AUCUUAAUCUUCAAUUUUGUUUUCCUACUCUUAUAAAGCCUCCACUGUUAUUCAUUACACUCAUUGAUCGACUUCUCAGCAUAGCCUUGCAACUCCAGGCGGUGAUAAGGGAGGCGGACUAACUCCUUGCAGGCGGUGAGAGGAAAAUCAGAAGGCAUGGGAUCCAAAAACAAAGUACGCAAGCCCAAAAAUAAGCACAAUAACAAACCUGAUUCUCUCCCCUCGGCGCUAGAUAGCAACAACAAAAACGAAACCGCCGGUGGCGGUAGCGAGAUGAUUAAGGAUGCUCGAUUCGCGUCCCUUCAUACGGACCCUCGGUUUCAGACGGUUCCGAAACACAAGUCCAAGGUUGUCAUUGAUUCUCGUUUCAAUCGAAUGUUCACCGACAAGAGAUUUGCCUCGUCUUCUGCACCUUUGGAUAAGCGAGGGAAACCUAAGAAGGGAAACUCCCAGAGCUCUCUUCGCCAUUAUUAUCACCUCGAAGAAGCCGAAGGAGAAGAGGAUAAGAGAAAGAAUGAUGUUGCGAGUGAAGAGGAUGAUACCGAGGAGAGUGAUAGAAAUGAAACGUUAGAAAAGAACUGCGAUGAGGAGUCGGAACAGGAGGAGGAAGAUUCAGAAUCCGGCUCCACUACCGAAGAGGAAGACGUUGAUAUAGAUUAUGAGGAUGAAGAGCCUGAAAUACAGGAAGAAAAUAUCCCAUUGAUCGAAAAGGAAACCCGCAGGCUUGCUGUUUUGAAUAUGGAUUGGAGACAUGUUAAGGCUGCUGACUUGUAUGUAAUGCUAAGCUCAUUUCUCCCUAAGGAUGGACAAAUUAUUCAAGUUGCUGUUUAUCCAUCUGAAUUUGGACUUCAGCGUAUGAAAGAGGAGGAAAUUCAUGGACCAGUAGGCCUAUUUAAUGGGGAAAAUGAGGACAAUGAAGAAGAAGAUGAUGAUGAAAUUGAUACUGAGAAAUUGCGUGCAUUUGAGAGAAGUAGGCUAAGAUACUACUAUGCUGUAGUAGAAUGCGAUUCUAGUGCAACAGCAGAUUACUUGUACAAAACUUGUGAUGGAGCUGAAUUUGAAAGGUCAUCAAAUGUGCUUGACUUGAGAUUCAUUCCAGAUUCUAUGGAAUUUAAACAUCCACCCCGUGAUGUUGCAGUUGAGGCACCCUCAAACUAUGAGGGUUUAAAUUUCCAAACCCAGGCACUGCAGCAAAGUAAAAUUAAUCUUUCUUGGGAUGAAGAUGAACCACAACGUGGGAAAAUUCUGAAACGAAAACUCAAUGAUGAACAGCUGGCCGACUUGGAGUUAAAGGAGUUUCUAGCUUCUGACGAGAGUGGAAGUGAUGAUGAUGAGAACGAAGAGGUCACUAAGGAUCAAUCUGAUAAGAAAAAUAAGAAAAGAGAUUUAUACCGUGCCUUACUUCAAUCUGGUGAUGGAUCCGAAGAUGAUGGUGAGGAGGAUGGCCAAGAUAUGGAAGUAACUUUCAAUACUGGCCUGGAGGAUAUAAGUAAGCGUAUCCUGGAGAAGAAAGAUAAGGAAGCAGAAACCAUUUGGGAGGCCUAUCUCAGAAAAAGACGGGAGAAAAAGAAGGCCAAGAAAAAUAAAUCUAAGCAUUCUUCGGAAGACGAGAGUGAUGAGUGUGAUAUGGAACCUACAGAAGAACCUGAUGACUUUUUCAUCGAAGAGCCUUCUCUUAAGAAGAGUAAGAAAGGAAGGAAGCAAAAUGAAGAUAUGGAGAAGGAAGCUGAAGCAAGCAGAGAAGAACUUGAGUUACUACUCACUGAUAACAAAGGAACUGAUACUGGUCCUAAAGGAUACAAUCUGAAGGCUAAAAAGACCAAGGGGAAAAGGAAAAAAAGAAGUUUAGAUGAGAAAAAGAUACCAGUUGUCGAUGAUGAUCCACGAUUUUCUGCUUUUUUUACCUCAACUCUCUAUGCUUUGGACCCUACAGACCCACAGUUCAAAAGGAGUGCAACCUAUGCUCGACAAAUAUCGAAAAAGCGGCAGAAGGGCGAAGAGGAAGAAAUGGUUGGAGAGGGCACGAAGAUACCCACUGAUGAUCCUGGGAUGAACGGAGUUGAGCGUGAGAAGUGCGCUAUUUUACCAUCGAAGGAGAAGCAUAACCUGUCUUUGAUGGUAAGAUCGGUUAAGAUGAAGUUGAAACAAGUUCAACUGCCCUCGGGUGGUAAAAAGAAGCAGCAUCAGGUUCAUUCAAAGAAGGCAAAGAAUAAAUGAAACAGAGGCGUGUACUUUCUCAGAAUAUAAUUUAUGGUAAGUGAAUGUAAUUUGUGCACUUUUUUAUGUUACGGUGAGUGUCAUUUAACCAUCGUUUGGAAGUGGGAAUUGAUUAAAAGUUUUUAUACUGUCCAAG